AUGGUGCUCCGUUUGCCCCUCUCCAGUGGGGCUGCUGGGGCUGUCCAGCUUUUGAGACCAGCAUGGCGAUCGGGGCCGCGGCCCAGCAUUGAUGCUAUGAAUCAGAGGGCCAGCAGAUUGGCGGGGCAGGUCUUGGCUGCAGCUGCUGGCUGCCUCGUUGCGGGGCAGACCUCCCGGCUCCGAUCCACACCGGUGCACGGCCGCCGAGCACGGGGGGAAGUGCUGCGCUGCCACGCCGCGGAGGGUCCGGAGAAGUACCCCCCUGCGGUCAUCGUGGGCGGCGGCCGCCUGGGUGAGGCCUUGGCCAAGAUGGGCCUAGGCGACGACGUGAUUCUGCGCCGCGGGGAGGCCUUCCCCAGCGACGCGCCCAGGGGACCGAUCUACGUCUGCACCCGGAACGACGCCCUGGAGGCAGUUAUCGCCUCGGUGCCCGAAGAUCGGCACGAGGACUUGAUUUUCGUCCAAAAUGGAGUUUUAAUGCCUUUCCUGGAAGAGAAAUUGAAGCCAGGUUUGCCCCUGACCAUCCUCUUAGUUUACUUUGCCGUGGCCAAGAAAGGAGAGCCACCGUUGGAUGGCAAGACUGACACGGACCCAGAGGGCUUAAGUGCGGUGAAUGCUGGAGGGAAAUGGGCCAGAGAGGUUCAUUGGAGACUCACUUCCAGCGAUUUAGCCUGUCGAAUCUUGCGUGACAUGGAGUUUCAGCAAGCCUAUUGGGAGAAGAACUUGUGGAUUGCUGCUUACAUGAUGGUUGGUGCUCUGCAUAAGUGUACCGUGGGCGAGGUGGAAUCUAAGUACCGCAGCGAAGUGGAUGAGUUGUUGGUACAGCUGGCCACGGCCGUGUCCUCCACCCAUGAUGUGACCUGGGAGAGGCGGGGCUUGGAAGUUUGGGUUAUGAUAUGUUUGGGUUAUGAUGGCUGUAAGACUAUGACGUUCUAUUUUUAUCUAUUUGUUGAUGUGUGA